GAUUUUUCUAAUAAAAUGCGAAUUGACCCAAAAGUCGCUUCGACAGGAGAGCCGGUGAUUUCACUGAAGUUACCUGGUGUUAAUUUUUACCAGGGGUUGUAUACUAAAUUUUGGCGCAGAUCACCAACCCUCCUGGGUAAAUCAUUUAAGGUUCUUGUGUGUGCCUGUCUAACUUUUGUUGCUGGUCUUGAACUCGGGAAAAUGAAAUUGUCGAGAAGGGAUAGCAAUGCGGGUGCUGAUAACCCCUCGACCUGCCCUGAUGAGGACUUCGACGUGGCAACCCUGACAUGCAGGGGUGCAGCACCAGCGCCGGAUCGCCAAGUCCUCACUCCAACAGACCCAUCACCACAUCAUAAGAACAAAGAUCAUCACGGCGGUAAAAAGAAGAAGAAAUCACGCUAAAGAGGAAAAAAGAAGGGAAAUAUGACCUGAGAAUCUUUUUUAUAACAAGUGACAACAUUGCUCAGCCAUGAGACUCAAUGCACAUGAUUUUUAAAACAUAAAAUUUUUUCUCUCGAAA